AUGGAAACUUCAACUUCACGAAAAAGUGUUUCUCUCAGUCUAGAUCACCUCUUAGAUUAUAUACAUUUGGAAAGAAAAAAGCUGGUGAUAUUAGGAGACGAGGGCUGUGGUAAAACGAGUCUCUUGAGGGCGUUCACUAGAAAACAAUCCUCAGAAUACGUUCCUAAAAUUUUGGAAUACUCCAUAGUUAAUGUUAAACUACCAGAUAAAGAAAUUGAACUCGCCAUGUGGAAUACUGCCGGACAAGAACGUUACGACUGCUUGUGCAACAUCAUCUAUACAGGAGCAGAUGUAGCUCUGAUAUGUUUCUCUUUCGAUAAACCUAAAUCUCUGGAUAAUGUAGUCACCAAAUGGUAUCCAGAAUUAAAGAGAGCCUGCCGAAAUAUUCCAGUUAUACUAGUUGGAAACAAAAUUGAUCUACGCGUGAAUAAAAAAAUGUACAAACUGAAACGAAUCAUAGGGAAAUCGGACGGUAGGGCUACAGCUAGAAAAAUAAAAGCUUUUUGUUACAUAGAAUGUUCGUCAAAAAAUAAUGUUGCAGUUAACGAUGUAUUUGAAAAUGUGAUAAGGGCUAUUUCUACCCCUGAAAAAAACAAAACAAGAUCUAGUAAAUUAUUUUUUAUAAAGAGUAAAGUUUAUGGUUAGCAUUUUUUUGUAAUAUUUUUAAGUAGGAGACGUUUUUAAAUACAAUUACGCUGUAAAAACUAGUUUAUAAUAUAAUUUUCUAUUGAAACUAUUAAAGUAAUUAAAUAUUGUACAUAAACCUAAGUAUUUAUUUAUUGAAUUGUCGCAGAGAGAUUUCCGUUCGUUUUGUAUCUGCUUUUGAAUAAAACUUUUAUUUAUAGGUGAUAA